AUGCCCCCCAACCCAGAGACCAAGAUCGACUCGUCCCCGGAAACCGUUCGUAUCCUUGACGAAAUCGAGAAGCAGUUUGAGCUUGACGAUACAAAGCUUCACGCCAUUCUCGAUCGCUUCAUCGAAGAGUUCGAUUAUGGACUCUCCAACUAUGGUCAUCCGAUGGCUAUGAUACCUACGUUUGUGACUGGCGUGCCAACUGGUGAGGAGGUAGGGACAUUCCUUGCAUUGGAUCUCGGUGGAACCAAUCUUCGUGUAUGCGAAGUCAAACUCGAAAGCAAGCACAAAUUCACUCUCCGUCAACAAAAAUACCAAGUAUCAGAUUCCCUCAAAACGGGAGAUGCUAAGAUCCUUUUCGAUUUCUUGGCCGAUAGCGUCAGCGCCUUCCUGACAUCCAUCGAUAGUCAAAUCGAGGGUGGAGACUAUCUCCCAUUGGGGUUCACCUUCUCUUUUCCUGUCGAACAAACCGCUCUUGACCAAGGUACGCUCCUCACGUGGACAAAAGGAUUUUCCGCCACCGGGGCCCAAGGAAAAGAUGUCGUUAGAAUGCUUCAGGACGCCUUUGACAGAAAACGCCUACACGUCAAAUGUGUUGCACUCGUUAACGAUACGGUGGGAACAUUACUCUCUCGUUCAUACCUUGUAGGGGGUUGCCUCGUGGGAUGUAUAUAUGGUACUGGAACGAAUGCCGCAUACCUGGAUGAAGUCUCGGCGUUCCGAAAGCUUCCGGUAGAUGCUAGAGCGGAGGGCGGAAAGAUGGUUGUCAACACGGAAUGGGGAGCAUUCGACAACGCGCGGAACGUUUUGCCGUUCACCGAAUAUGAUAAUAAGCUUGACCGAGAAAGCAUCAAUCCGCGGAAGCAAGCCUUCGAAAAGCUAAUCUCCGGAAUGUACCAAGGCGAAAUAAUCAGGAACAUAAUACGUAUGAUAUAUUACUUCAACCUACUAAUUCGUCCUCCUAAUUCGUCUCCAGGGUAUUCGACACCCUCCCUCAACGCUCAUUACGGAUUCGACACUGCGCUCAUGUCGGAUAUCGAAAGAGACCCCGACCACUCGCCAGAGUUCUUCACCCGAGCACGCAAGGUCUUUACUCAUGGGCUCGGAUUUGCGGAAGACUUCGAAUUCUCCGACACCGAUUUUUCUAUCGUGAGAUGGGCUUGCAGGAUUGUCGCUACAAGGGCAGCCAAGCUGAGUGGAAUUGGUCUUGCGGCCAUUGUGAAGAAAACGAACGCACCGGAAAAAACCAAUGGAGAUAUUCAUGUAGGCGUGGAUGGAAGCGUGGCGGAACAUUACCCUCAAUUCGAAGAAAGAGCGCGUGUCGCCCUUACCACUGUCCUUGGGAAGGAGGUUGAGCAGAGGAUCAAGAUUGGGCUGGCCAAGGAUGGAAGUGGUGUGGGAGCUGCUUUGUGCGCACUUCAGGCUACAAAGGACAAGGCAUCCCAACCAGCCCUCACUCAAAGCAGGCCGCUGCAGGCGCCCAAAGUCGAUGGACAAGAUGCUCCAAAACCAGGUGAGCGUGGGCUCCCAGCCAGCAACUAG